AUGACCUCCACACAGUUUCCCAGAAUCCCAAAAAAUUGGAAUCCAUCUCAAAAAUGCUGUCGAACAGCGGAAAAAAGUAUUAAUCCAAUAGAAAAUAAGCGAAAUGAUUGUUCAUCUGUUUCUGUUACUCAACCUAGCCGUCUUUCUUAUCGUUGGCUGUUUUGUGACUCAAAACCACGGAAAAAUCGAUGUAAACCCCUUUUUCCCUUUCAGGAUGAUCCACCGCCACCCCGACCGCGGCCGCGGCCACCACCGGCGGUCAUUAUCAAACAGCCGCGUCGACCGCCGCCACGAUCACGCGAUUCGGAUCGAUCGACGAAGCCGGUCAAGGAGAAGAAGAUCAAUGUGUCGAUGCCGAAGCCGAGUAAGAGAAUUUUAAUAGAAAAUUCUGGAAAAAAAAAUUUUUCUUUCAAAUUUACAGCCGAGCCAAAAAUGAAGACUCGCGAGUGCAACGACAAUGAGACUGUCGAGGAGACGCCGUCGGAAUGGGGAAACAUCGAUGCGUCGUUUGUGGUGAGCAAUUCUCAGGAAAAAUGGAAAAAAAAAUCACCAGCGAGAGCAAAAAAGGCGAAGAAGUCGAGGCCGCAUUCUUAA